CAAUGGCACCGGUAAAAGAAGAAGAUAGCAAUAACCACCCAAAUAAGAUUGAACUCACCGAAUCCACUGCAUACGAUAAACUAGGCUAUAGCUUUUCAUUCUGGAAAAAAUGGCUUAUCCUAUCUGUGUGCUUCUGUAUCCAAAUCUCGAUGAACCUCAACGCGAGUCUUUAUGCCAACGGUGUGGCAGCGAUAUCUGAAAAACACAAUGUCAGUGAACAAGUAGCGCGCAUCCCACAGCUGACAUUCCUCUGCGCGUAUGCCUUUGGCUGCGAGCUAUGGGCACCCUGGAGCGAGGAACUAGGCCGAUGGCCAACCCAGCAGCUGAGCCUGUUUCUGGUGAAUAUCUGGCAGCUGCCGUGUGCGUUGGCGCCGAAUUUCGCCACGUAUGUCAUCUGUCGGUUGUUGGGGGGAUUAUCGACGUCUGGGGGAUCAGUUACUCUCGGAGUCAUUGCUGAUAUGUGGGAAGCUGAAGAUCAAGAAUACGCGGUCGCAUUUCUGGUUCUAUCUUCUGUUGGAGGGUCGGUCGUUGGUGCUGUUGUGGGUGGGUUUGUCGAAGACCGACAUCCUCUGCCGUGGAUAUUCUGGGUCCAGUUACUCGCCGGCGGAGUGGUGCAGGUCAUGCAUCUAUUCCUAGUCACAGAGACACGAUCGACGAUCAUCUUGGAUAGAGAAGCGAAGAAAAGACGGAAGAAUGGGGAAAUGAACAUCUACGGUCCGCACGAGAUGCAUGGCUUUGAAUUAUCAGCUCGCGAUAUCUUUAUCGUCUGGAGUCGACCGUUUCAUAUGCUCUUCACGGAGCCAAUUGUGCUGUGGCUGUCGUUGUUGAGUGGGUUCAGCGAUUCGCUCAUCUUCACUUUUUUGCAGGGGUUUACGCCGAUAUAUAAACAGUGGGGGUUUGGGACGAUUCAGAUUAGUCUGGCUUUUAUUCCACUACUUAUCGGAUAUUUCAUGGCGUAUAUAUCAUUUCUACCGUCAAUUCACAUGUUUCGCAAGAGACGACGCAAGAAUGGACCUGAUUCUGUUCUGCCUGAAGCGAGGUUAUGGUGGCUUCUCUACGUGAUACUCUGCCUCCCAAUCGGCCUUUUCGGCUUCGCAUGGACAAGUCUCGGUCCACCUCAAGUUCACUGGAUCGCCCCAAUGAUCUUCACCACCAUCAUCGGAAUCGCCAACUACUCAAUCUACCAAUCCUCAAUCGACUACACCGUAGCCGCAUACGGGGCGUACGCUGCCUCCGCAACAGGCGGCAACGAUUUCGCCCGCGACUUUCUCGCCGGCAUCGCAGCGAUGUAUUCAACGCCGAUGUUUGAGAAUAUCGGACACAAAUACUCAUAUGAGUAUGCAUCGACGAUUCUUGCAUGUGUUUCUGUCGUGGUUACCGUGCCGAUUUACUUCUUUUAUAAACAUGGGCCUGCGAUACGGGCGAGGUCGCCGUUUGCGAAGAGGAUUGAGGAGGAGAGGCAGGCAACUAGACGGAGGAGGGAGAGUCUAGUUGAGAGCGAGAGGGAAGAGAAGAGAGGGGAAGAUCAUUUGGAGGUUGCUUAAUGUUUAUUUGUAUUUUGAUAUAUUUCUCGGUUAUCCUUCAAAUUAUUCGCUAUAUCGUGAGAAAGCCACCCAGUAGGACACAGUGCUAUAGUUUUAUUCUAUCGGGAGGAACCAAAAUAGAAUAAAAAAAAAAUGAACCCAACCCGAUUUGAACGG